GGUGACCCAACAAGACACCGUGAAGAUCAGUGACUUCGGGACAUCCAAGGAGCUCAGUGAUAAGAGUACUCAGAUGUCGUUCGCUGGUACGGUGGCCUGGAUGGCCCCAGAGGUCAUCAGGAACGAACCGGUGUCUGAGAAAGUAGACAUCUGGUCGUUUGGCGUGGUGUUAUGGGAGCUGCUGACUGGAGAGAUCCCCUAUAAAGAUGUGGACUCCUCAGCCAUCAUCUGGGGUGUGGGUAGCAACAGCCUCCACCUCCCUGUUCCUUCCACCUGUCCUGAUGGGUUCAAGAUCCUCAUGAAGCAGACAUGGCAAGGGAAGCCCAGGAAUCGUCCAUCAUUCCGUCAGAUCCUGCUCCAUCUGGACAUCGCCUCAGCUGAUAUCCUGGGAGCUCCUCAGGAGACCUACUUUAAGUCUCAGUCUGAGUGGAGGGAGGAGGUGAGGAAACACUUUGAGAAGAUCAAGUCUGAAGGAACCUGCAUCCACCGACUGGAUGAGGAGCUGAUCAAACGCAGGAGGGAUGAACUCAGACAUGCCCUGGACAUCAGGGAGCAUUAUGAGAGGAAGUUGGAGAGAGCUAACAACCUCUACAUGGAGCUGAGUGCCAUCAUGCUACAGCUGGAGGUCCGCGAGAAGGAGCUCAUCAAGAGAGAGCUGGCUGUGGAGAAGAAGUAUCCAGGUAACUACAAGCGUUCCCACCUGGUGCGUCCCAUCGUCAGGCCCAACACCGUAGAGAAAUUCAUCAAGAAGAAAGGCAGCAUUUCCCACAAGACUGGGAUGCCCCCUGCUAAGAGGCCGGACCUGCUGCGUUCCGAAGGUAUCCUCAGUGUGGAGGUGCUCUCAUCCCCCUCGCCCCUCUCUGCCAGCCCCAAGGUUUCCACACCACCUGGCAAGCAGAGGUACCGCAGCAAGCCCCGGCACCGCCGUGCCAACAGCAAGGGUUCCCACAGCGACUUCCCCGGGGUUCUGAAGACCGGGCCGGGGGCGGAAGCUACGGAGGAGCAACAACCCCUCAAAGACCACUACCAGCCCCAGCCUCUAGGGGAGCACUACCAUCAUCCUGCCACCGGGUGUGCUGUCCAAGAGCACUACGAGCACCACCACCACCCCCCACCACAGGGCCCUCUGCUGCCCCUGAAGAACAGAGAGGAAGGGGUGGUCAACUGUGCCAACAACCUGCGUUACUUCGGCCCGGCCGCGGCCCUGCGAAGCCCCCAGACAGACCACCUCCAACGCCGCCUGUCCGGCACCAGCCCUGACCUCAUCUCUAUGGCCGUGGUGUCAGACUCACGCCAGCGCAGCAUCUCUGUGUCAGGCCCCAGGGGUCCCGGGGGGAGGGGUGGGACACUGUGUCCCUGCUGCCUGACACACCCCUUCCCAGGCUGCCUGCACUGCCAGGAGACCCCCCCGGCCCCCAGCCACCCAGAGCUGCCACACUACUCCCUGUUGUCCACCUGUCAGGGCUCGUCCCCCUCCCUGUCCAGAGGACCUGACCCCACGGCAGAGGGAGAGCAGCAGGAGAAGCAGGAUACAGCUCGGAAGAGCAGCUUACCCUCUGGAGCUGGCCUCCCACGCAACCUCAGGCCCCUGAGGAAGGCUGGUGAUGAGUCGUCAGAGGAGGAGGAGGGGGAGGUGGACAGUGAGGUGGAGUUUCCACGGAGACAGAGACCUCACCGCUGUAUGAGGUCGUUCCAGUCCUACUCCACCUUCAGCUCAGAGAACCUGUCUGUAUCUGAGGAAGAGGAGGGCAACACCAGUGACCGCUCCCACAGCGGACCCCUGGAGCUCUUCUCAGCCUCUCAGGAGGACCACCUGGAUGAGCUGCUAUCCCACACACCUGACAUCCCCAUCGACAUCAACACCCAGUCAGACGGCCUGUCUGAUAAGGAGUGUGCUGUCCGCAGGGUCAAGACCCAGAUCUCCCUGGGGAAACUGUGUUCUGAUGAGCACAGCUAUGAGAACCCGCUGCACUUUGAGUCUGACUGUGAUUCCUCUGAUGCAGACUGUUCUGACGCCACCAUUAAGAACAACCAGCCUGGCGCACUCACCUCCUGGUGAUCAGCCUCCCCCUGGAAUAUCCUGGGGGCCACUCGGCCCUCCCGUCUGCCUGGAAAAACUCUGGGCCCCAGGACCCUACAGGGCCAUAGCAACGCCCCUGCAAUAGCUCCUCCCCCUUUCCUCUCUGCAUAGCACCCCCCCCCCCCCCCCCCCCCCCAGGCAACCUAAGCAGGGAUCCCUUUUGUAUGAUAUUAGAUAUAUAUACAGUAGAUAGAUGAUUGUGUAACAGUUUGAGGGAAAAAUCAGGAACUCUGUAAAACAACAACAAAACUGUUAAUUGUAAGAUACUGGUGAGGAUGAUGAUGAUGAAGAGGAUGCAGUGCAGCUUGGACCAGCCAGAGACUAUAAACAGUGGGUAACAGUGACUGUGUUACUGUAGGGCUGGGCAGGAUGUUGCUGUACUGUGUGUGUGUCAGGUGCUGGUCUCUCAGGCCAUUGUCAGUACUCCAGACUGGGACUGUCAGUACUCCAGACUGGGACUGUCAGUACUCCAGACUGGGACUGUCAGUACUCCAGACUGGGACUGUCAGUACUCCAGGCUGGGACUGUCAGUACUCCAGACUGGGACUGUCAGUACUCCAGACUGGGACUGUCAGUACUCCAGAAUGGGACUGUCAGUACUCCAGAAUGGGACUGUCAGUACUCCAGAAUGGGACUGUCAGUACUCCAGGCUGGGACUGUCAGUACUCCAGAAUGGGACUGUGAGUACUCCAGACUGGGACUGUCAGUACUCCAGACUGGGACUGUGAGUACUCCAGACUGGGACUGUCAGUACUCCAGACUGGGAC